AUAAAGGAAAUUGCAUAAAUGAACCUUGCAUAAUUUGGUCUAACUAUCACCCGAUUAAGCCGUUAGUCAAUUACGUACUUGGUCAAAACGUUAAUAGAAUUAACGUCAGUUAUGUUAAUAAAACUCGAUAUCCAGUCCGUUUCGUCGUCUCUCUCUUCCGCUCUUCGUUCAUUACGUUUUGUCAUUCUGCCCGCUUCAAUCAAAACCAGUGGUGGUCGGAUUCAGCCAGUCGCAGUAGUAGAACAACGGUACUUUCAUUCACCUUACAGUGGAAUAGGGGACAUCUCCGAACCACGGCUAUGAAGUCUUACAUCUGGUUACGAACUUUUGAUGGUUCAAUCGAGCAAGUAGAAGAAGAGGUUGCCAUGGUUAUCCCGAUGGUUUGCAGAGAAGUGUUCCAAAAUAGCACUGGAUCAUCAAAGAAGACUGCUAUUCCACUUCCGGAACGAGUCACUAAUACAGAUAUAUUAAGCUUAGUACUCGAUUAUUGUAGGUUUCACCAAGUGCUGGGUCGCUCUGAUAGGGAGCGCAGAUCUUUUGAUGAGAAGUUCAUCAGAAUUGAUCAAGAAAGGUUAUGUGACUUAGCUGCUGCUGCUCACAGUUUAAAACUGAAACCUUUGGUUGAUCUCACCUGCAAAGCACUUGCUCGGAUGAUUGAAGGGAAAACAACUGAGGAAAUUCGCGAGACAUUUCACAUACCUGAUGAUCUCACAGAGGAGGAGAAGUUGGAGCCUAUAAGAAACAUGCCUGAUGAUUCGCGAAUCAGGCUGCUCAAUCGACUUUAUGCCAAAAAGAGGAAAGAAUUGAAGGAGAAAGAGAAGCAGAAGGCUGCUGAGGUUGAACAAGAGCAGGUGGACGUUGAGUGCUCUGUUGACGAUCUGUUGUCAUUUAUCAAUGAUGAUUCUAAGGUGGUUAAAGCUCCUAAACAUAAAAAGAAAAACCGUAAAAGGAAAGAUAAGCUAAAAGACUCAUGUGAUAAAGACAAGAAGGAACUUCCUUGUGCAGUUUUAAAAGGUGAAGUAAGCACCGGUUCUUCUAGUCAGAUUUCAGAAGUCCACGGUUUAGCAGAUGACUUUGAAGAUAAUGAGCUAGACCCCGCAAUGAAGGAAGAAAUCGACAGGGAAGUAGAGGAAUUUGCUAGGAGAUUGAAUUUAGAUUGGAAGGAGAUCCAUUGAUUAGGCCGACAAGGAAAACAUGCUCCUACUUCACUGAACGGAAUGGUUCCUUGAGGAGAUACCUUACCCUAUUAGGCUAGACUCAAAAUAGAGACUUCGAUGCUGUUUUCAAACAUUUGUUUGUAUGUUUUCUUCUUCUUUGAAAAAUAAUUUGCCUGAGAAUGAAAUUUUGAUUCAUGUGUGGAACAGCUUAUGUAAUGUUCAGAACGAUAGAGAAAUUUUAAUUUUACUUCUGACAAACAAAUAAACAUAAA